CUGAACGGCUGUCCUUUGCGAAGAACAUGUCAGUCGUACGUGAUCGGUACCAAAACUAAGCUGGAUAUAUCGAGCGUUAAACUUCCAAAACACCUUACGGACGCUUACUUUCGACGGCCAAAACGACAGAAGAAAAACCGAAAGCUAGAAGGGGACAUUUUUGCCGUUAAAAAAGAGGACUAUGUCGUGAGCGAACAACGUAAGGAAGACCAGAAACUCGUCGAUGGCAUGAUUAUGGAUGUGAUUUACAAGCAUCCUGAAAAAUCGUUUAUGAUGGGAUACCUCAAGUCAUUGUUUUCUCUUAAGACUAAUCAGUAUCCGCAUAAAAUGGUUUUCUAA